AUGGUCGUCGUCUCGCGCUUUAGAGCUACUUGGGGCAUUGAGCCCGGCCCGCAGCUGUCGGAGUGGAAGAAGAAGCUCCCUGAGUGGAAGGCACAUGGAUACGACGGAAUUGAGCUAGACAUUGCCAGCCUGAGCGAUGAGGAGCUCCAGCUUCUACGCCGCAAUUGCGACGAGGCGGGCCUCGAAAUAAACGUCAUCUUGUUCUCAGCCUGGCCGAGCUAUGCUGGUCGCCGCCCUCCUGGCCUCACACCAGAUGACCAUGCUGAGUUCUUCCGGUCACAGCUUCGACGCGCCUCAAUCCUAAAGCCAACCAUUGUCAAUGCCCAGUCGGGAGCUGAUCACUUUAGUUUGGACGAGUCCGUCGCUUUCUACAAAAAGGCUCUCCAGGUCGAGAAAGAAGAAGGCUUUGCUGGACGAGUCUGCCACGAGACUCACCGCAAUAGAUCUCUCUUCACCCCCUACGCUACGGACUAUAUCCUGCAAAAAGUGCCCGAAUUAACAAUCACCGCUGAUGUCUCUCACUGGGUCGUUGUAUGCGAACGACUACUUGACCUCAAUAAAGAAGACCAGGAGAUUCUUACUCGUAUCAUUCCACAUGUCGGCCACCUCCACACGCGCACGGGCACAACGCAGUCCUCGCAGUGCCCAGAACCCCUAAACCCAGCCUUUGCCGCCGAAAAGGAAUUCUUCGAUAACUUCUGGCUUCGGGUUGUCAAGCACAAGCAACAGACAGACCCCAAUGGCCGACUAACAUUCGUUCCGGAAUAUGGACCGUUCCCAUACCACCCCAUAGGUACCGCCUGGAGCCACGGAGAUCUAGCUGACAGCGAGGGGAAGCGAUUGGAAGCGCUCUUCAAGAGUAGUCUUGGGCAGUAG